ACACCUCCUCACGCAGUAUCGCCCUCCGCUCCCUCUUCCUCCUCGACGCGCAGCGCUCGGAAAAAGAAAAGUUCUACGUUGAAAAAAAGUCGCGUGCCGUCUCCUCACGCCCACAGACCGGUGCAGGGAAGGUAAUUGGUCUUUUGGAUUCGGACAACACACAGGGGAAGAGGUGAUUCCAUGGAUAAGGUUCCAAAGGAAUUCAUUGAGGCCUCUGCUGGCUACGAUUGCUUUGCCACUUGCCGCUGUAUGAAGAGCCUGGAAAGCCCGUUAGCAGGCAAUGACACAAGAUAGCUGGAAGGAGUCUGAGGAGACUGUCCAAACACCCGAGGCACCAAUAUUAUGUGUAAACAAUUGCGGCUUCUUUGGUAGCAGCAUGACAAACAACAUGUGCUCCAAGUGCUACAGGGACUUCAUUAAGGCCACGACAAUUGCCGCCCCUGUAGCCGAGAAGAAGGUGUUCACUGUGGCAUCAUCUUCCAAUGUGACCUUGGAGCAAGCAAAGGCAGACGAAGUAGGAGCCGUGCCUUUAGUUGAUAGCCAAGCAGCACAGGAACCUCCAAAGCCGCCCAGCAACCGAUGCCUUUCAUGCCGCAAGAAGGUGGGCUUGACUGGUUUCCAGUGCCGGUGCGGGGGAACUUUCUGCUCCAUGCACCGCUAUGCAGACUCCCACGAAUGCUCAUUCGACUACAAGAAGGCUGGCCGGGAGCAGAUUGCCAAGCAGAAUCCUGUUGUGAUAGGCGAGAAGAUCAACAAGAUCUGAUUGAUAAUUAGACCGGGUUCAUUUGCUUGCUAUUUGUGGUGGUGCCGGAGUCGUCUUUACUACGAUCACUAGGUUUCUUCGGGUCUGGACUAGGUUGCUAGGUCUCAAUUGUGAUCCUUCUCCUUGAUUGUUCGGUUCUCUCGAUUAUGAAAUGAAAUAAUGUAAAUAUUAUUCUAUUGUUCUUAGCUGUUCGUAUUGCUUA